CUUCACUAUUCUUCAAACAGCCACGGACCACGGAAGUACGUGGUGCGUGCGGAGCAGAAAAUAUUAAAUAGUGUCAAUUGUUAAGUAAUUUAAGUUCACAAUCACAAAAUGAGGGAAAUCGUACAUAUCCAGGCCGGUCAGUGCGGAAACCAGAUCGGCGCUAAGUUCUGGGAAAUAAUCUCCGAUGAGCACGGCAUCGACCCCACCGGCGCCUACCACGGCGACUCGGACCUGCAGCUUGAGCGCAUCAACGUGUACUACAACGAGGCGUCCGGCGGCAAGUAUGUGCCCCGCGCCAUCCUGGUCGACUUGGAGCCCGGCACCAUGGACUCCGUGCGCUCGGGGCCUUUCGGACAGAUCUUCCGCCCGGACAACUUCGUGUUCGGGCAGUCGGGCGCCGGCAACAACUGGGCCAAGGGCCACUACACGGAGGGCGCCGAGCUCGUGGACUCGGUCCUGGACGUGGUGCGCAAGGAGGCCGAGUCGUGCGACUGUCUGCAGGGCUUCCAGCUCACGCACUCGCUGGGCGGCGGCACGGGCUCCGGCAUGGGCACGCUGCUCAUCUCCAAGAUCAGAGAAGAGUACCCCGACAGAAUCAUGAACACCUACUCCGUCGUCCCCUCGCCCAAAGUGUCAGACACAGUCGUAGAACCCUACAAUGCCACACUAUCAGUCCAUCAACUAGUCGAAAAUACAGAUGAAACUUUCUGCAUCGAUAACGAGGCUCUAUACGACAUCUGCUUCCGCACGCUGAAACUGUCCACCCCCACGUACGGCGACCUCAACCACCUAGUGUCACUUACCAUGUCCGGCGUCACCACCUGCCUCAGGUUCCCCGGCCAGCUGAAUGCGGAUCUCCGCAAACUGGCCGUCAACAUGGUCCCGUUCCCACGUCUUCACUUUUUCAUAACUGGGUUCGCGCCACUCACGUCUCGCGGCAGCCAACAGUACCGCGCGCUCACAGUACCCGAGCUCACACAACAAAUGUUCGACGCUAAAAACAUGAUGGCCGCUUGCGACCCUCGACACGGCCGCUACCUCACCGUCGCAUCCAUCUUCCGCGGCCGCAUGUCCAUGAAGGAAGUGGACGAGCAGAUGCUCAACAUCCAGAACAAGAACUCGUCCUACUUCGUGGAAUGGAUCCCCAACAACGUGAAGACCGCCGUGUGCGACAUCCCGCCCCGCGGGCUCAAGAUGGCCGCCACCUUCAUCGGCAACUCCACCGCCAUCCAGGAGCUGUUCAAGCGCAUCUCGGAGCAGUUCACGGCCAUGUUCAGGCGCAAGGCGUUCUUGCACUGGUACACCGGCGAGGGCAUGGACGAGAUGGAGUUCACGGAGGCCGAGAGCAACAUGAACGAUCUAAUUUCGGAAUACCAGCAGUACCAGGAGGCUACCGCUGACGAGGAUGCCGAAUUUGACGAAGAACAGGAGCAAGAAGUAGAAGACCACUAGUAGUUGGCCAUAACGCGACAAAAUACAUGCCAUUAUUGACUCACGUUACACUCGUAACAUUAAAGAUUCCUAUACUGUCAUAAAGAUAUGCUUGCUAAUUUUUAACAGAAUGCACGACUAAACAAAUUUAGAUGAAGAUAAUUAAAUGUGCAAACGUUUAAAAUAAUACAUUCCGCGUGAUUCCAGCACGUUACACGACAUUACACUCAAGGACUAGACCCCAGUGGCUGCAAGCUAUCAAUGGAGCCCUUUACUCCUUACACGCAAGAAGACUAAGUAUACAGUCCGUAAAACAGACAUCAUUCAAAUGUAGAAUUGUAAAAUUAUCUGAUGGUCCUCUAUGUUUGCCCGGAUAUUGGACAAUUCACAAACAUUUUAUGCUGGAGUAUACGAGUACCUGGAAUAUUCGCCUCACUUCUAGAAGUCUUCUAGAAGGAUGGAUGCAGUGAUAUCGUCACGCGCUGUCACUAAAAAUGUUUCCAGCAAGCCUCAUUGAGUGUAAGUUCUGAAAUGCAAAAGGCUGAUCGUAUACAUAUUUUAUGAAUUAUUAUUGAAUUAUUAAGUUUAGACCAAACGUUAUGUCGGCUUUAAUAACAGGUUUAUUAUGAUUAAAAAUUAUUUCGAACAUAAUUUUAAAGUAAGUUUAUAAAAAAAAAGUUUUAUUUAUAA